CUGAAGGUGUUCCAGCGCAGCGCAGAGGGUGGAGCCCAGCCUUCCACCUCCCUCCCCCCUCACCGGGAGGCCAGGGCGGGCCAGGCACCCAGGGAGGAGGCGGUGUCCCUGGCUCCCUGCCCAAGGUGCAACAGCUAGGCGAGGCGGGGCUGCACCAUAGGGGCGGGCGGGCGGGCGCCCUGCCUGGUAUUAUAAGAGGCGGUCAGGGCACCUCAGCAAUGAGCUCCCAGCUCGGCUUAGCAGCAGGACACUGGCGACCUGCGCUCCCUGCUCCCUUGGGCCAGCCAAGCACUCUGCCGCUGCUAUGGUCUCUGCCUGGUGUUCCAUCGCUCUGGCCCUGCUUUUGGCCCUACAUGAAGGGAAGGGCCAGGCAGCAACCACCAUGGAGCAGCCAGCCUCAGCACCCAAGGGCCGAGGCCACCACCUGCGUUUUCGUCGUUGCUCCUGCAACUCCUGGCUUGACAAGGAAUGUGUGUACUUCUGCCACCUGGACAUCAUCUGGGUGAACACCGCAGGACAGACAGCUCCCUACGGCCUGGGAAACCCGCCAAGGCGCCGGCGCCGCUCCCUGCCAAAGCGUUGUGAGUGCUCUGCUGCGGGAGACUCUGCCUGUGCCACCUUCUGCCAUCUAAGACCCUGGCCUGAAGCAGUGGUCACCCCAAGCAGCCAGGCUCCUACUGCUGCGUUAAAGACUGCCAAGACGUGGGCUGAGGGAGAACUCCUCCGAAAGCUGAGGGAUAUCUCAGCUGCCAAGCUCCGCUUUGCCAGGCCAUGGCCGGAGGUGACAAAAGAGGGCAUCCCUGCACACUCUAGACGGAGGAAGAGAUAACACCAGGAGCUUCAGGACCGUUGAGAAAGAAGCCCACGUGGAGACGAGAGGAAGUGGGCAGCUGGUGGGAGACCCUAUGCCUGUCUCCUGGGCCAAGGCCUCAGAUCCCGGCUAACCAGACCCGUCUGAUGGGUUCAGCAUGAGCUCUGGCCUCUUACAGCAACUCUGUGCCUUUACACUGCCAGGGCCACCCUCAGCACCUGGACAGCAGUGCAGCCCGCCAGUGCUGACUACUAGCUACAGUCCUGCUUGGAGGAGGAGCUAUGUGAGGACAAAUGGACACGCUGACUGUGUCCUGCGGAGUGUCCUGUUUGCUGGACUGCAAUCCAGGAGCAAUCCCACAGCAGGACACAAUUACCUAAGCCACAUCUGGUGACUGGACAGUCUUCCUAAUGACUGACACUAUGGCUGACCCCUAUGGUCCUCUCUGGUUCCCCUUCCCUAGAGGUCUUGCGACCUGUUCUCUUGGGAUACUCUUGGGGAAUGCAGAACCUGCUAUACUUCGCUCAUCUGUAUAUAAGUUAUUUGCUCUAAGAACUUUGAGAUUCCUAUUAUUUAUUUUAAUGUAUUUUUAAGAGCCUCAAUGGUUUACUUAUGAACUCAUGUUUGUAAUAAAGGGUGAAAUG